CAUAUUCCACAAGAUGUUAAAGUUAAAGAGAUGAAAAUUGGCAUAUGAACUCCUUAUAAGUAAUGAGUUAAAAAUAAUUUGAUAUAUAAUUGAUACUGUAUGCUGUACAAAAGGGAAAGGAAUGAAUAGGCAUAGGAAAGAGUCAUUCUAGUUUCUAUAAGGUUUUAACAUGCAGUACAUUACAUAGCAUUAAGUUUUACAUUCAAUCUCAUCAAGCGAAAAUAUGGCAUAUGAUAAUCGUGAUUGCAUCGUAUGGAUAGACACAGAAUUAACUGGACUUGAUAUAGAAAAGGAUACAAUUUUGGAAGUUGCUUGUUUGAUAACUGACAAAGAUUUGAACAUUAUAAGUGAAGAAUUUAAUGUUGUAAUUAAUCAACCAGAUGUAGUGUUAGAAAAUAUGAAUGAAUGGUGCACUAACUGGCAUACAAAGACUGGCUUGAUAGCAAAAUCUAAAUGUAGCAAAUAUAGUUUAAAGGAUGCAGAACAAAUGUUACUUAAUUUGUUAAAAAACUACAUUCCAAGUAAAAGUUGUCCCCUAGCUGGUAAUACAGUUUACAUGGAUCGUUUAUUCUUAUUAAAAUUUAUGCCAUUAGUCAAUGAUUACUUACAUUAUAGAAUUAUUGAUUGCAGUGUGAUUAAAGAACUAGUCAGGAGAUGGAAUCCAACAAUUUAUAAAAAUAUGCCAGAAAAGAAACUUUGUCACAGAGCUUUACCUGAUAUCAAAGAAAGUAUAAAUGAACUAAAAUAUUAUAAAACGAAUAUAUUUACAGCUUUUAUGGCAUAGCACCCACGUUCAUAUUCUAUGGGUUACAAUCCUUCAAAUGUGUUUGCUUUCUUAAAGAUUGACAUAGUCAUCUUUACAAAUAGCCAUGUUUUAUUACAAAUGUUUUUAUAUAGACCUCUUAUAUAAAGAGAGGAAGUGAAAAGGGAAGUUAUUGGAAAAAGUUUAGGAAGAAGGCACUAGUAUAGCAAAAUAUCUUAAUUUAUGAAAUAUUAUAUUUACAGUAGUAUAUGCAAACAAUUCACAAACAGUUCUGAUCCAUGUAGAUGCAAACGAAAGAAAUUUGUGAUACAAUUUUAGGAUUAUGCUUAUAUAUUCUAUGUAAUUCAAUCAAACUAUUAAGUAAAUAUUCUAAUCUAUAAUUUUAAAAAUAAUCAAUUUCUUUUGUAGAAAGAUUUUGUCAAAUUCGUAAAAUUAAUGCACUUACACGAGUUUUAAAUAAAACACAGAGUCCAUGCCUUAUAA